GAAAACCUUCACCUUGGGAAAUGAACAACGCAACUUCCCAAACUUAAGUCGGAGGAGACUCCGCAAUUAUUUUCUGGAAGACGCCGCAACCCGCAGCGGUGCAUCAAUUUCGAUGGCUGGUGCAACCACGCUGGGGGACGGGAAGCUUGACUCCUUGGAUACGCGCCUCGAGCAAUUCAAGCUGAACAAUCAAACGAAUCAGAAUGACCUCCAGAGUAUCCUGAAAGAAUACAGUCAAUUGCUUGACGACUACAAGGCUCUCAAGGACUCUUAUGAAGAGAAGGGCAAUACUGUGACGAAUGGAGCAGCAAUUGAAACUGACACUACCCGCCGCCCUUAUAUUCUUGUCCUCAUUGACGGCAAUGGAUAUAUCUUCAACGACGAACUUGUCCGAGACAAGGAAGAGGGCGGAAUGCGUGCUGCAAGAAUGCUCAAUGAUGCCGUAGAGAAAUAUCUACGGGAGUCGCUGCCGCAGGCUAGGGAUGCUCGCGUAAUCGUUCGCCUUUACGUUGACCUUACCAAUCUCUCGAAGCAGCUGGCGAAGUCCAAAUUAGUCGGCCUGGAGAAGCGGUCGCUAGCUCCGUUCGCAGCCGCGUUCACGCGCGCUAUGCCGUUGUUCGAUUUUGUAGACGCACUCGACGAAGAGGGAACCAAAUUCAAGAUUAGAGAAACCUUGAAACUAGCCGCGGACGAUAGCGCUUGCAGCCAUAUUCUAUAUGCUGCCUGCCACGAUAGCAGCUAUCUUCCCUCGCUAGUCCCUUAUAGUGGCCUGCGAAACAAAAUCACGCUUAUCCAAGGCGCGGGCUUCAACUCGGACUUCUUUCAGUUCAGCCUCAACAUUACGCAGUUCCCGACUAUCUUCCGGUGGUCAGGGCUCUCCUCAGCGACAACAUCCACCAAAGGACCUGCCGCUAAUUUCGUCGAUCGCACUGCUUCUCCGCUCAAGGCCAAGGUUCAAUCAAAGCAGACGCAAAAUCAAUCCGCCCUUCGCAAUGAGAACCCGUGGGGCAAUAAUGCCUUUGGCACCGACACCACCUUUGGAGUCGACGACAUGUCUCCUCAAGGAAGCAAUAGCUUCACCGACGGCAGCGGGAGCGCUUGGAACAACAAAUCCGAUAGCCAACAGAAUUUUCAAACACUCUGCAAGUAUUAUCAAAAGGGCUACUGCCGCUUCGGCAACAAGUGUAACUUCAAGCAUGUGCCUAAAGGGCUGGGUGCGUCGGACCAAUCACCGAAUGGGGUUACUCUCGACCGCUCCAAUGUAUCCUCCUCCCUUCCCACAUCCGUCGUCCCUGGCUUUAUCCCUUUGAACAAGGACGGUCAACGCAUUGAUGCCUUCAUUCGACCUCCCACCCAGGACGAGUGGGCUACCUAUCAAGCACGCUUCCGCCGCCAGAAGCCUUGCAACAGCCAUCACCUCCAAGGCGUUUGUACGCAGUUCAACUGCCCUUACGACCACAGCGAAUUAGAACCCGAGACCCGCCACUGCCUUGAGUAUGUCCUGAAGUGUAACCCAUGCACGAAGAAAGGUGGUUGCCGUGUUUCGGACUGCUUCUACGGACAUGUCUGCCAGAAAGAUGAUUGCGUCGGUCAGAUGAAGGGCUGCCGCCUCAAGUUCGAGCAACAUAACGUGGACCCGAAGCUCGCUUCUAUGGUACCGGCCGAAGACGAUGAGGUGGUUCAUGAUGACGAUGUGCAGACACCGAGCGAUAUGAACGCUAUGUGGUAGAGCAACGCAGCUCUACAUAUCAUUAGCAUGGCGCUAGCGACCUUGGAUAUCCAAAAGUCGCUCUCUCUCUCUUCUGUAAUGGUUCACUUGGAACCAGUGCGUAAAUGGUAAGCGCGAUGGAAAAUCGGUAACGGAUGGCAAUGGAUCAUCAAAAUUGCUCUUGGGGUGGUUGGCCAGUUAAGGUGGGCCCUACUUUAGGUAGGCAGGUCGCACAAGUCAACACAGAGUGAUAUAAAAGCCACGGUACUUUGACCCAGGAUGACGGUAAAUGCCUUCAUCCAUAGCUGCAGAUUGGUGUAUUUAAUAUCGGAUCUUUUGUCUUUGAAUAGCAGACUUCUGUUUACG